AUGGACUGCCUGAGUGUUGCAAUGAAUCAAACAAUCUCCUCUGUCCUCAGAAUUGCCAGCUUUGACAUCCACCCCUCUGCUGUUUACCCUAUUUUCAUUAUGGGCCUUUUGGUUUACUUAUUUUCUGUCCUCUCAAAUGUGACAAUCCUGAUGCUGAUAGUUACUCAGAGGAGUCUCCACAGGCCGAUGUUUUACAUCUUCUUCAGCCUGCCACUGAAUGACCUCAUUGGAAUUACUGUAAUGUUUCCCCGUGUGCUUGUGGACAUUGUGAUCAUGAAGAACACUGUCAACUACCCACUUUGUGUCCUUCAGGCAUUUUUGCUCCAUUUGUCUGGUGGUGGCAUCCUCUUUAUACUAGCAGCAAUGGCAUAUGACCGAUAUAUUGCUAUAUGCAAGCCACUCAGAUACAAUUCAAUUCUGACAUCACUUGGUAUAACUGCUGUUAUAUCAUUAGCUUGGGGCGCUAAUUUUGCCUUAGUUCUAGUGCUUUUUCUGCUUCAGGCCAGAGUAACAAAGUGCAGGGAUUUUAUAAUAAAUGUGUUUUGUGAUAACUUCUCAUUGCUUAGCCUUUCCUGUGGAGAAGACCUUACAAUAAACAAUAUUUAUGGAUUAGUUAUAACAGCAUUUAUGCACAUAGUCACUGUAACAAUUCAGCUGUUCUCAUACAUUCAAAUCCUUUUAACUUGUAUCAUGAACAAACAAUCAGAUGCCAAAACAAAGGCAGUGAACACCUGCUUAGCGCAGAUCAUUUCAUUUAUUCUUUUUGAGAUUGUCUGUUUGUUCACAAUACUGUCUUACCGGUUUCCAAACAUAACCCCUAAUGCAAGAAGAGCCUGUGGAAUGCUUAUUUUUCUGAUUCUACCUGUUUUAAACCCCAUUAUCUAUGGAAUGAAAACCAAGGAUAUUAGAACAGCAUUUUUUCACAUUUUGAAGAAACAAAAUUUUUUAUCAUCACAGUAG